AUGGACGGAGAUGAAGCAGGUGAUUUUAAAGAAGAUGAAGUAGGUGAUGUUCAAGAAGAUGAUGUUGGUGGUGUUGAACAAUAUGAAGUAGGUGAUGUUCAAGAAGAGGAUGUUAGUGAUGUUGGAAAUGAUGUUCAUAUAGACGAAAAUGAGGAUAGUGAUAGUAGUGAGGAUAAUGACUUUGAAGUUGGUGGUUUUUCAUUUGAUGAUAGUGAAGAUGAGAGGGCUCUUGGAUUGGAUGAUUGCUUUAAUUUUAUUCAGAAAAGGGAAAAAGAAGUUGGGUAA